AUGUUCGAACUUGCCGAAAGAAACAUGAUGGACAGUAUCUCCUUGCCACCAAUCGCUGCCGAGUUUGGAUUCCCCGCCAGAGAAGCAGCAGAGCUUACGCUGGCCGUAAUCCGCGAAUACUUGAAUACCGAGCAUUCGUACAAAGCCACUCUUCGACGAGUCAUCAUCUGCGGCCUCAAUCAAGCCGAAAUGGAGCCAUACCGGGAAACCACCCCGUAA